CAAGUAAUUAAGCAUAUGCUUCAACUUUUGUUCAAUAAAUUGCAGGGAUAAAACCAUCUGUGACCAUCUUCCACUUUGACAUGCCACAAUCUCUAGAAGAAAAAUAUGGAGGAUACUUAAGCCACUCUUUUGUGAAUGAUCUUAAAGAUUAUAGUGAUUUUUGUUUCAAAACAUUUGGAGAUAGGAUUAAACAUUGGGUAACCAUAAAUGAGCCAAAAAUUCUUUCUCUAUUUGGGUAUGAAAAUGGUUGGGCACCGCCUGGAAGAUGUUCUCUCCCAAACAUGGGAUGCACACGUGGUGGUAAUUCAUCCACAGAACCAUACAUUGCAGCACAUAAUCUUAUUCUUGCACACGCUGCUGUGUAUAAGCUCUAUCAAGAGAAAUACCAGGAAGAGCAAGGAGGAGAGGUUGGCAUUGCUCUUAAUAUAAACUACUAUGAACCUUAUGAUUCAAUAUCAUUGGAAGAUCAAGCAGCUGCAAAAAGACUCCUAGACUUUCAUCUGGGAUGGUUUGUGGAGCCUUUAGUUUUUGGAGAUUAUCCAAAAACUAUGAGAGAAUUGGUGAAGGAUAGGCUUCCUAUAUUUUCUGAAGAACAAAAAGUUAUGCUUAAAGGAGCUUAUGAUUUUCUUGGGAUAAAUUACUAUCUAUCAAGUUAUGCUCAAAAUAAACCAAAUUCUCGAGUUGGAGUAAUACCACACCAUGCUGUUGAUGCAUUGGCACUUGAACUAGAUAGCAAAAAUGGAGUGCGUCUUGGUUACCCUGAAACGGGGGGUUAUCCAAAUGGGCUACGAAAAUUGCUGGAGUUUAUAAAGGAGAAAUAUCAAGAACCUAAGAUCUACAUAUGUGAAAAUGGUGUUAAGGAGAAUGAGAAUUCACGGCCACGUGAAGAAUCAUUAAAUGAUUUAUAUCGAAUUACUUUUCUUCUUCGACAUUUAAAUGCAGUAAACAAAGCUAUAAAGAAUGGUGUGAACGUGAAAGGAUACUAUAUUUGGUCAGUAUUCGAUGAUUUUGAAUGGGGAACGGGUCUUAAAUUCAAAUAUGGACUUUACUACAUUGAUUUUGAAAACAAAUACAAACGCAUACCAAAAUUAUCAGCAAAAUGGUACCUUGCUUUCCUAAAAGGCAAGAAGAACUAAGCUUUCUUACCAACUGGCUAAGCUCCAUUCUUGACAUACUCGCACGAUGCUACACAAAGUUGGUUCCUGCAGAAAGUUGACUUAAAAUUGCGAGGAGCGAAGAGGGUCCAGAUGACCAAGACCAGGCAUUUAAUUUUGUAAUAGAGUUUACACAGCUUUUGAAAACCAUGAUCAAUCAAAUUAACCAUCCUUUUUUAAACCAAAAAUUAAAAAAAAAAAAAAUUAAUCUUAUUCUGUGUGAAAGUACCAUAACUUGUUUGGAAUAUGAUAUUUUAUAGAAGCAAAAACAAAGAUGUCUGAACCAAAUUCGUGGUCUCAAGUUAAUUCUGUUUCAUAUGUAUGAGAUGAUUAAAAAAUAAGAAAUGAUAGGCAUGUACAAAUGAGAGACAAGAAGAGGGCAUAUUUGAAUACUACAGCACCUCUUUCUUAUAAAGCAGUUUUAACUAUGAUUUAAUGAUUCUGCCAAACAACAAUAUUAGUCCAUUAGAUCUACAUAAAAACCUGGUCAGAACAUGAAGUAAUAUCCCACCAAAAUGUUGACUGAAUGAAAAGAAAAAUUAAAAGAGAAACCACAUCCUCCAAGCAGAACUAUGUCAAGCAGGAAUUUAACAAUUUAACAGUUUAAUUGAAAACUAGCAUACAAAACUUUGGGAGACAAAUCCACUAGUUACUGAUAAUGUUGAUAAAAAAACUAAAGUUAGAAAGCAAGUGCUGGCAAAUUACUACAUAGCUUAAUGGAUCAUGAUUCACACAGGUAGCACAAGCUCGGGGCCAACUUCUAUAACUAUCAAACUGUUGGCAUCGAAAACACAAAAGGCAGCAGCACAGAUGAAUAUCUGAACUUUAACCACCAGUAAAGACAUUAAUCAAAAUUUACUCGGCACUAGAUUUUUUCUUCUUCUUCUUCUUCUUAAUAUCACUGGCAGCC